AUGGAUGGAAAGAAAGCAUUAAUGCGUUUUACAUUUCUUGCUGAUGCAGAUGAAGGAUUUCGACCUCGAUGCUCAUCGGAGCCAGUGCCAAAAACUUACUCGACUCCGUUGUCAGCGUCGUUAAAUUCCAAUUAUUCACAUCAAAAUAGCACCGAAUGUAAUUCAAGUUCAACAGAUAGUGAGCACGUUUUUGAUAUUUCAAGUAGCCACGAGAAUAGCAACAGUCAACGUGUUAACGGUUUGGAUUUAUCGAGCACUGGCCGAACCGUGUACGCGGUUGCAUCGCCAUCGGUGGUACGCCGAUCCAAUCGUUUUAUCACCGACGCUUUUACUAAUUUUAGCAAAUGGAUUAAACCAUGGAAAUGGAAAGCCAGGAAAACCAGUCAAUUUCUACAAGAGAAAUCCAUUCGUAAGUUAUUUUAA